AUGGCUGAAUUCUCUGACUGUGUCAAUGCUUUACAAUUGAUAGACCCUCCUUUAUUUGGAGGGUUUUACACAUGGAGAAGGGGUGAAAGUCAUAAUAGUGCAUCCAGAAUUGACAGGUUCCUUUACUCUACUGAAUGGGAAGAUUCAUUCACUCAGGUUAAACAAACUCUACUCCCAAGACUAGGUUCUGAUCACAACCCAAUUUUAUUCACAUGUGGUGAUUGGGCGUUCAAAAAAUCCUACUUUAAAUUUGAAAAUUGGUGGCUUGAAAUCGAAGGGUUCAAGGAUAAGGUGAAGGUAUGGUGGAACUCUUUCCCAGGUAAAGGAAGACCAGCUUACAUUUUGGCAAACAAGCUCAAGCUCCUAAAAAAGGAGCUAACACAAUGGAGUAAAAAUCAGAGAGUAAACUGGAAACAAAAGAAAGAAGAGAUCUUGCUGCAGAUCAGCUCUUGGGAAACUCUCCAAGAGCAUAGAGCCCUUUCUGAUGAUGAGCUCAAAGAGACGGAGGAUUGGAGACCUGAAUUUAAAAUCCAUAAUGCAACAGUAAUCUCCACAGAAGACCAAAUUUGGCUGAAAAGGAACUUUGAUGAAGAGGAAAUCCUAGAGGUUAUCAGGUCAUGUGCUACUGACAAGGCCCCUGGGACUGAUGGAUUUCCAAUUAACUUCUACCUGACCUUCUGGGAGUUGAUCAAGGGGGAUAUCAUGGUAAUUAUGCAAUAUUUCCACGACCACCAAGUGUUUGAAAAAAGUCUAAAUGCCACUUAUGUGGCCCUCAUUCCCAAGAAAGCAGGAGAAACUGAAUUAAGAGAUUUCAGGCUAAUUAGCCUGAUCUCUGGGGUUUACAAAAUAUUGGCCAAAGCUUUGGCUGAGAGACUGAAAAAGGUGAUAGCUGGUUUGGUUAAAAAACAUCAAAUGGUCUUCAUUAAGGGGAGACAGAUAAUGGAUGCCGCUCUAAUAGCAAGUGAAUGUGUUGACACAAAAACUAUAGGAGAAGUGGCUGGCUUAAUAUGCAAACUAGACAUUGAGAAAGCUUUUGAUCAUGUCAACUGGGACUAUCUCCUUAACAUCCUCAAGCAAAUGGGAUUUGGGGACAGAUGGUUGAAGUGGAUAAGUUUUUGCAUUAAAACUAUCAGAUUCUCCAUUCUGGCAAGGAAACCCUCUCUCUCCCUUUUUUUCAUCCUCGCCAUGGAAGGUCUCGGCAGUAUGGUUAGAACAUCUCUUCAAAAUAAUUGGGUUAGGGGUUUCAAGCUAAACAGCCAAGGCAUGGGUGAUUUGGAUAUCUGUCAUUUGCUCUAUGCAGAUGACACUUUAAUCUUUUGUGAAGCGAUAGAAGAGCAGUUUGAAGGCAAACUGGAGGAAAAACAAUUUUUCCCUAUCAAAGAAGUGAACAACAUUCAGACUCUUACUGGUAUUCUUGGUUGCGGGAUAGGCAAUCUCCCUACUGUCUACCUAGGCAUGCCCCUUGGUAACAAGCACAAAGAUGUAGAAAUCUGGGACAAGAUCAUAGAGAAGACAAUGAAAAGACUAUCUCAAUAG